GGGUAUGCUUAAUCGGCAGCGAUCCAUUUUGCCUUCUGUCCUACUGGACUACAGCAACAAGCUUCAUGUACUAUCACACAUUUUCCUAGUAAUUCAGGUUUGCCAUUUCCUUCCCCGCCGACGAUGCCGUCGCCAGCUUUGCCCUCUUCCAUGUCGGGCUUCCUUCUCUCAGCUUUCAGCUUAUCCCAUCCCACAGCGAGAUGUCCCCAGUGGCGCGCCGCGCCGCAGCAGAGGCUCGUCAGCAGGUGACAUGACGGGUACAUACCAUAUAUGUGUCUAGAGAAGCCAUCUAGAUUACCCGCUGGUUCGCAAUCCAGUCUCAGCUCCCCGCCUGAGGAGUCGCAAGCUGCCUCUGCUCGCCGCCAUCGUCCUUGUCCUGCGCCUCACGCUUCCCCUUCACUGCCUCGGGCGGCGGCCGGGGAAGAAGAAGUGGGGAUGGCCGGGAAAGAAGUACUGGGGACGAUGAGUGCGAGGAGGCGGUUGUGGAGCGAUUUGUGCGGCUCGAGGGGCGCGGUGGUGUGCCGGAUCGAGAGGGACAGUGGGGCCGAGGGCCGGCGGGCCGGGUGGUCGAGGGCGUCGAGGAAGGAGGCUGGGAUGUCGGCGCUGAAGAGGUGGAUGUGCUCUUCGGUGUCUUUCUUGCUGUUGGUAAAGAGGAGGUGGGACCGGAACGUGGAUGUGUCGCCGGAUCCGGCAGUGGCAGCUGCCUGCGAGGCCGGCGCCAGAAUCUGCCCCUGCUUCUGUGCCAGGGCGAUCAGGAGCGCUGCUAUGAGAGGGUCGCGCAAGGGGUCGGGGGGAGUGGUCUUCUUCAAUUUCAGCAGAAAUAGAUCCCAGACGGGUCGGUUUGGCCGUUCCACGUUCAUACGUGGUUGCAGAGCCUCGCGCCGUUGGUUCUCAAGGGUCCGGUAAUCAACAUAUGCGACAAUCGGGGAUACCCUCUUAAGGACAUUGUCGUCGCUCCAGGAAAGGAACAUGGCACAUCUGAGAAAAGCGACGCGGCGCCGGGCAAAAUGGAAGUAGAAGCCAUCGUAGAAACGAUUAUCGCCUGUGAAACGGCCAUGGCUGGGUACUAGUGGGUCCUCGGGAGUACAAAGAAUCCUGUCCAGAGCACGCUUGCGGGCGACAAAAUUGGAGGAUCCAACCAGGCCGCUGACAAGCUUACGCUGGUUGCCAUAAGGUGGAGGAAAGGUUGCUGUUGAGGGGCCUGUCGAAGGCGCAGGAGAAGGGCCGUCAAACAAGCAUUGAAGCACCUCGAGAUGCCAGCUGGUCCAACGGAACGGCCUCACCAACAAUCGCUCCCUGCAAU